AGGGCCGCGCCGCGACCUCGCUGCUGCCCGGCGCCCCGCUUUUCGGCACCGCCUCCGAGUGGGGCGGGCGGUGUCGCGGGCGUGACGUCAUCGCGAGGCGCCGCGCGCGGCCGCAGGGAGGCCUCACCUCUCAGGCAUGGGGAGCGGCGCGGCUAUGCUGCUGCUGUGCCGGGCCGGGGCGCGGGCCUGGCUCCGGUCCCCGGGCUGCCGGGGCCUGAGCGCGCUGGCGGAAGAGGCGGUGAAGCCGGCGGAGAAGUCACAGCCGGUGGCGAGCGGGGGUCCCCAGGAGCCCGUGCUGCGCAGAUGCGAGCUCCCGGUCGUCGCGCCCCGGCGCCCGGUGCAGGCCUGGGUCGAGUCCCUGCGGGGCUACGAGCAGGAGCGCGUGGGGCUGACCGAGCUGCACCCGGACGUUUUCGCCGCGGCGCCCAGGCUGGACAUCCUGCACCAGGUGGCCAUCUGGCAAAAGAACUUUAAGAGAAUUAGCUACGCCAAGACCAAGACCAGGGCCGAGGUGCGGGGUGGCGGCCGGAAGCCCUGGCCGCAGAAGGGCAGCGGGCGCGCGAGACAUGGCAGCAUCCGCUCCCCGAUCUGGCGAGGCGGGGGCAUUGCCCACGGCCCCCGGGGCCCCACGAGCUACUACUACAUGCUCCCCAUGAAGGUGCGCGUGCAGGGCCUCAAGGUGGCGCUGAGCGUCAAGCUGGCCCAGAGAGCACGAGGACAUGCCCCCCAGCAUCGUGGCUGCCACCUCCGGCCUCAAGACCUUCAACCUGGUGCCAGCGAUCGGCCUCAACGUGCACAGCAUGCUGAAGCACCAGACCCUGGUCCUCACCCUGCGCACCGUGGCCUUCCUGGAGGACAAGCUGCUCUGGCACGACUCACGCUACACGGCCCUGUACCCCUUCCGCCUGCCCUACCGCGACUUCCCCUGAGCCGCGGCCAGCAACGCCCUGCUCCUCCAGCGCCCUGGGAGGCCCCCUCAUCCCCAGGGGAGGCUGAGGCCACCCACAGAGUGGCCGAGCUCGUGUCACCCCGGGAAGGGGUGAUUCGGCAGAGAGCCCGACCUAUCUCCUGGCCCAGUCCUCCCUUUUUUGGUUUUAAGAGCAAUUGUAUUUUGUAAUCAGAGAGGCGGGAGAAACAGCCCAGCUCCGGGCCAUUUGGUGAAUAAUGGCAUUUGGCCCGGUGCUGGGUGCGGCUGGGGACCUCUAUCCUCAGGGAUGACCUCAGCACUGUUUAUAGAAACAGCUCAGGAUCCAGGUCCCCGGAGUGAGCCAGACUCCGGAGGGCAGAGGAGCGGGGGCGUCCGCCGUUCCUCAGAACCGCUCCCGGCCCCUCUCUGUUCCCGAGGGCCCUCCUCCUGCCCUCUCGUCACUGACGAGCUCUGCAGUCCCAUUUGUUAGGGUCCUUCAGUGGGAGAGUGCGGGCUCCCUCCCACAAGACCGGUGCCAUGUGCAGACUGGAGCUUUGUCAGAUGAUUUCUCUUAAGCAAGAGUCAGAAAAGCAAUUGUGUCAAUGAGUGAAUGAAUAAACACAUUUUUAAAAACACAA